UCAGGUUUUUGUUUGUUUGUUUGUUAUUUUUUCUUUCCUUGUUUAAUUCCAAGUCUCAAAUAAGUUAACAGCUUAUUGACGAAAGGAUUCAGAAUUUUUGUUUUCUUUAAAUGUCGUUCCUAAAUGAAAUACUGUCCUACAGAAGCUUGGUGUAUGCUAUAGCUGGGGCUACCGGUGGUGUUAUAUCAUUAGCCAUUUGUUAUCCUCUUGAAACUGCAAGAACACAAAUUCAAGUUGAUAAUGAUGGCCAAAAGAAAAAAACGUUUCCUCUCUUAAAGAAAAUUGUCCGUGAAGAAGGAAUUUUUGCAGUCUAUCGGGGUUUCCGUUCGACAAUACUCACCCUCUGGUCCUCUUACUUAAUAUAUUUUUAUGUAUUCAACACACUUAAGAGCAUAGUCCCCACAGACAAGCAGAACUGGUUCUCUCUGAAAUACCUACUAUUUGGCUAUUUGGCAGCUGUAGUCAAUGUGCUGAUAACUACACCUUUCUGGAGUGCUUCAACUCGAUUAAGGAUGCAAGGAGUAAAACUUGAUAGCCCAAAAUUUAAAUAUAGCAAACAGAAACAACUGUAUACUGGCAUUUUGGAUGUCAUCCAUGAUGUUAUCAAGAGAGACGGUUUUCUUAAUUUGUGGAAUGGAAGCCUAGCAUCUUUUGUUUUAGCCUCAAACCCUGCCAUCCAAUGUCUUUUUUAUGAAACUCCCAAAAGAUAUCUUCAACAUGCUUUAGGAAAACAGGAACUUAAUGGUGUUGUGUAUUUCUUUCUGGGAGCUUUCUCGAAAAUAAUUUCCAACUGUAUCACUUAUCCUCUUCAAGUUGUUGAAUCAAAACUCAGGUGUGGUCUUGAAAGCAAAGAAAACCAAACAACAUGGAAAGUGUUACUUCAUAUGAUCAGAUUUGGAGGAUUCUCAUCACUGUACAGUGGAUUUGAAGCCAGACUACUUCAGAGCUUUCUUAGUGGUGCCAUUACCUUUCUACUGUACGAGAAAAUAUCAAUGUUUGUAUUUAAAUUAAUGGGUAUCAAAUACCAGCUUGCUGAACAUCCGCAAUAAGGAAUGUCAGUGUUGUUUUUGCCUCAGCUCAGCUGUUUCAAGCAGACCUGUUACCAAAAGUAGUCCGGUUGUGACUACAUUCGUUUGGGGAAUAUGUUACACUACAUUACCUAAUAUUCUUUCCUGAUUUAAUAAGGUUAGAUAUGAUGAUUUGAAGGAGAGUUGGUUGUUAUUUCUAGCAGAGCAAGAGACCACCUUAGUGGCUUGCUUGUUUGUUCAACUCACAAAUUUCUCUUAACAUUCCUUUCCAUUAUUAUUUUUGGCAAGUUCAAUCUGUUGCAAUACUUCUUAUCCAUAAUUUCAGUUCUAACAAGUUUAUUGUAAUAUUACCCUUCCAUAUUUGGUUUUAUUGAAUGUCUUCCAUUAGUUCCUCCAACAGUUUUCCUCUCACUCUCAUUUAAUCUUCCACUUUUAUUACCUCAUUUCCACCAGAGAUAUUCUUACAUUCCAUUCUUCAUCUAUUGAAUUUGUUUUCUCAUUCACCACAGUUAUAUUAAGUCUUAUCCUCCACUCUCAUUAAGACUGAUGUACUAGCCCCGUUCUCUCCUGUCAUUACUUUAGUUCUUACAUUUUAGUUCUAUCACAUACUUCCUCCUCUCUUAAUCUAACCCCCUAUUCAGUCUCAUCUAACUCUCCACUCAUAAUGAGUGUCUUAUCUAACUCUCCACUCAUGUUGAGUGUCUUCUAAUAUUUCAUUCUUACUGAAUCUAAUCUAACCUCUUAACUGAAUCUAAUCUAACCUCUUAACUGAAUCUCAUUUAACUCUCUACUGCUGCACAAUGUUUUCUGACUUUCUCUUACUAUAGACUCAAUUCUAUUCAGCUGAACCUUUCGCUCUCUUAUUACCCUGAGUCUAUUGCAUUUGUUGUAAUACCCAACUUCAUUUAUGUUGAGAAAAAUUAUCUAACCCUAUAGUCCAUAAUUCUAUAAAGCAAUUACUAUACAAAGCAUAGAUCCAAAGCAAUUUUCAUGUGAUACACUCCACAGGAUACAUUAAUUGAUAUGCUUUAUGGCAUGUGGCAUAAUUUCCUUCAUGUAGUUUUACCAAUGCUACAUGAGAAUGUUUUAUUUCAGAUAUCAGUUGAUAUUUCUUAUAAUAACUACUGUAGAAGCAGUCUAAGUGAAUCUAUAGGGGCUCUGAUUACACCAAAGCUAAAUCAGGCCAAAUAAGAUUUCAAAUAAUAACUCAUCAAUUAUUGAACCUGUAUUUUCUCUCAACCCAAAAUAUAUUUUAAAGCAAGACUGAAUAUAUUUGUUGUUAUGGAGAAUUAAUCAACUCUUACAAUGCUACUUUUAUUACUCUACUUCUGAGUGUUUUAACACUUCAUUUUAUUGACUCCAGUAUUAUCAAGACUGGUCUGAUAGCUGAAUUCGCUUCUGUCAUUAUUUCAGUUCUAACAUUUCAAUUCUAUUACAUCCUCUAUUCCAUUAUUUCUCUGCAAGUACUGCUAAUAUUUGAUAAUUCCAUUGUAUAUGUCCCGUUCUUCCAAUGCAACUGUCAUUUCGAGCCACUACAGAAACUAAGAAAAACAGCUUUACAUUGAAUGAUAUAUAUCACCAAUAGUAACAUUGUCACUCAUUAACCUUUGUUAAAUGUCAUCUUUAUUAUCCUGACUGUUUUCUCUUAUUUAUUUAUACAUUGAUUACACACAAAUGUGACAUUGGACUCUUUUACUGGUUCCAGUCACCAGAAUCUGACUAUUUUGUGGACAUUGUUUACCAGUCAUUUAUUAUCAAUUUUACUCAGCAACUAGCAGCUGUGCUCACCUUUGGUCAAGUUUAAUAUCUAAAAUAAAUAUGAAUUCACUAUAUUUUUGGAUAAAUUGCUUUAAAAAAAAUUGCCAACAAUCCUUAUUUGGUUAAUGAAUGUUAAUUUAUUCAGAAGCUGAUUCAAGUAAAGCUUUGUAAAGGUGUGCAAAAGAAAAUUAAACAAAAAAAGUAUAGAACCAAAAAUAAACACUUUGUCUUUUGUUUUUUGCAUUUUUCUUUUAAAACACUUCAACUCAUCGUCCAUGCACACUAACACUGCACAUCCAAUGGAGCAGGUUUCAUUUCUUAUGAACCUUUGCAU